CGGGGGGAUGCAGCAGAGUGUGGCAAAGCGUUGUGCAGGGGGUGGUGAGGGCAGCUCCUCAUUGCUGCUGGAGCCCGGCUCUAACCCCAUCAUUAAGGUGAAUCGGUUGUGAUUUCUAUCUGCUGGUUUGGCGGAACCUUUUUGAGAUGCGCUGAUUUUAAAGGCGUGGAAGCCACGCUCACGCCGUCACCGGCUCACGCAGCCCCUGCCGUGGGAGGGUCGGAUCUCGGCUCCUCCCCGCACUACGGAGCGAUGGCGGCGGCGUGGCCGGAGCUGGAGGCGGCGGCUCGGGAGCGGCGCAGGGAGUUGGCGCUGCCGGGAGCGGCGGUGGCCGAGCGUGUGGCUGCGGGCGGCGGGCGGCUGCCGGCCGAGCUGCUGGCGCUGCCGCUGCUGCAGUCGCUGGAGCUGAGCGGCUGCGCGGCGCUCAAGGAGCUCGGCCCGGGGCUGGCGGCCGCGCUGCCCGCAUUACACACGCUGGUGCUGAGUUGUAACGCGUUGGGUCCCGCCGGGCUGGGCUCGGGGCUGGGCGGGCCGCUGCCUGCGCUCCGCGUGCUCGACCUGUCCGGGAACGGGCUGGAGGCGCUGCCGGCCGCGCUGGGCGGUGCGGGGCAGGAGGAGGAGGAUGGAGGCGCGGCCUUCCCGCAGCUGCGCACCCUCAACCUGAGCGGGAACCGGCUGCGGGAGCUCGGCCCGGGGCUGGCCAGAUCCGCCCCGCAGCUGCAGGAGCUGCUGUUAUCCGGGAACCGGCUCCGUGCGCUGCCCGGGGCGCUGCUGCCGCCCGAGCACCCCGCGCCGUUCCCAUUGCUCAGCCGGCUGGACGCGGCCGAUAACCAAGUGGAGGAGCUGAGCACGAACAUCGCCGCGCUGCCCGCACUGAAGAGUCUGGACGUGGCCAACAACCAGCUGAGCUCGCUGCCCGCUGCACUGGCUGACUGUCCCCGGCUGAAGGACGCCAACCUGCGUGGGAACCCACUGCGGGACCGACGGCUCGAGAAGAUGGUGAAUGGCUGCCAGACCCGCGCCGUGCUGGAAUACCUGCGAACCAAGGGACGCACCGACGGCCGGGAAGAGACACGGAGGAAGAAAAGGGAGAAGACGCAGAAGAAGGACGGCAGGGAUGGGGAGCGAGAUGAGACUGAAGCCAUUGGGAAGCUGCUGCUGAAGGUCCUGCACGUGGGAGAUAACCCUGCACCCAUGGUGGUCAGGGCGAGCCCGGGUGUCAAGGAUGUGCGGCCGUACAUCGUGUGCUGUGUGCUCAGGGGGGUAAAGCUGCGGCCGGGGAACGCCCUGCGGAGGUUCCUGAGCGCUCAGACCAAACUGCAUGACGAUAUCUGUGAAAGGAGGACGGCAGCCACAAUUGCCACCCACGACCUGCAGCUGGUCAAAGGGCCCCUGACGUACAGUGUGCAGCCUCCUGCUGAGCUGAAGAUCACCCCCCUGGGCCGAAAGGAGAUCAAAGCGAAGGAUCUCCUCCGUCAGCUGCAGAUGGAGGCGGAGGAGCAGAGGAAGCAGAAGAAGCGGCAGAACAUUUCUGGGCUGCACAAGUACCUGCAGUUAUUGGAUGGCAAAGAUAACUACCCAUGUCUCGUGGAUGCUGAAGGUGCCGUGAUUUCAUUCCCACCAAUAACAAAUAGUGAGAAAACGAAGGUCAGGAAAACCACCCGGGAUCUGUUUCUGGAAGUGACGAGCGAUACCAGUUUGCAGACAUGCAAAGAUGUCAUGGACACCCUCAUUCUGAAAAUAGCAGAACUGAACAGAUUCACCAUGGAAAAUAAGGAGGAAGGCUCGGGCUCGGAUGAUGAAUCGGACGCUCUUUGUGGACCAGAGAAUGCCAACCCCAACCAGAACACAGAGCAGCCACUGGUGGUGGAGCAGGUCCGAGUGGUGGACAUGGAUGGAAACCUGAAAGUCCUUUAUCCUUCUAAAACUGACCUGGCCACAGUGUCCUCCCUGCUGACGGUCAUACGCUGACUGCGAGCAAAGAUAAGGAAACUGCUCCCUUUUUCUUUUGUCCAUAUGCAAGAAUGCAAUUUGUACGCAGUGAGGGUGUUUGCAAGAAGAGAUUCAGCCCUGCCUGGCUGUAUGCAACAUCUAAAGCUUCAUCAAGCCCUGGUAAGGAGGGUUGCGUUCUCUCUCGGCCUUAGGAGGAAGCCUGCAGCAUUCUGACUCACUGGAGGCAACAGCAUCUUCCAAUGCAAACUUAAGAGCAGGGAACGUAAUCCAGAAUCUGAGCAGGGCGGUAUCUGAGGUGACCCACACACAGAUGGUUGCAGUGGUUCGGGCUUGUGCAGCCUGCCUGUUGUCUGAAUGCAAACCUCUCCAUCCAUAAGGUAGGGAGAUCAGAGUUCUUGUUCUAGCUGGGCUCUGUAGAUAUCACAUCAAAUACGGCCACGUGUUGCGUCCUGAAUGGCAAAAUAAAAUGGUUCUUGCAGUCGUUUCUCACCAUCA